AUGAGUACCAUCCAAAAACUGAAAGAUUUCAUACGUCAUGGCAAACAAGCCCGUUUAGUGAACCCCCAUGCUGAACCCACAGCCAACGUCUCCACCAUUCACGCUAAACAACAGCAUCAACCUCAAGGCUCAUACCCACCCGCUGCGGACAAUCUACAUGCCAUUGAUACCAAAGUAAACAAUGCACCGGCUCAGCCCCCGGCCAAGUCGCCCGAGGUUCAGUCCCGGCGAGCCCGCGACCUCGAGGUCGAGCAGAUUGUCGCCGAAGAAAAGAGUGCACGCUCUAAGAUGCCCAAAUAUCCCGGCCUGGAACGCUGGAUCUUGCUGGACAAGAUGGGCGAUGGCACUUACAGUAACGUCUACCGGGCCAAGGACACCACCGGCGAGUAUGACGAGGUCGCCAUCAAGGUCGUUCAGAAAUUCGAAAUGAACAGUAAUCAGCGCGCCAGUAUUCUGAAAGAGGUCCAGAUUAUGCGCCAAGUAGACCAUCCGAAUAUCGUGAAGCUGAUUGAUUUUUCCGAAUCCCGCCGAUACUACUACAUCGUGCUGGAGCUCUGCCCUGGUGGCGAGCUAUUCCAUCAAAUCGUCCGAUUAACCUACUUCAGUGAAGACCUCAGCCGUCAUGUCAUCCUGCAGGUCGCCAAGGCGAUCGAGUAUCUCCACGGGACUUCUGGCAUUGUCCAUCGGGAUAUCAAACCUGAGAAUCUACUCUUCUAUCCGAUCCCGUUUGUUCCCAGCAAAAACCCCAAGCCACGUCAACCGGGCGAUGAAGACAAGGUUGACGAAGGCGAAUUUCUCCCCGGAAAGGGCGCUGGUGGCAUUGGCGUGAUCAAGAUUGCCGAUUUCGGUCUGUCCAAGGUCAUCUGGGAUAGUCAAACUAUGACCCCCUGCGGAACAGUCGGCUACACGGCUCCUGAGAUUGUGAAAGAUGAGCGUUACUCUAAGAGUGUCGAUAUGUGGGCGUUGGGCUGCGUUCUCUAUACCCUCCUCUGCGGCUUCCCGCCCUUCUACGACGAGAGCAUCCAGGUAUUAACCGAAAAAGUGGCUCGCGGCCAAUACACGUUUCUGUUGCCGUGGUGGGAUGGUAUCUCCAAGUCCGCUCAGGAUUUGAUCUCUCGCCUCUUGACGGCCGACCCCGACCAGCGAUAUUCCAUCGAAGAAUUCCUGGCACACCCCUGGAUCCGUCAGACCGAUGAAGCGACCGAGGUGGCCACCGACGCACCCCCGCUCGCGACUCCAUUGUCCUCCUCUGCAGCCGACCAGGCCCCCUACGCUCCCGCCAGCGCUCGUCUGGCCGACCAGCCCUCGGCGGGUCUAGACCGCCCGAUAGACUUUCGUUCCCCCGGAGCGAUCAACCUGCGCGAAGUCUUCGACGUGAGCUAUGCCGUCCAUCGCCAGGAAGAAGAAAGCAAGCGGCGCAAAAACCACCGGAAUUACCCUGGAACGAAUCCAACCGCUCGGUUCAAAUCGUUGCUCAAUCCGCUCAACGAAGACUAUGACGAUGAAGACGAGUACGAGGGUGAGAUCACGUCUCAACCGAUUGACUACGACGAAUCUCGUCCGUCCAAACUCCAGAAACAGGUGGCGGCAAUGGAAGCAAAAUUACGGUCCACCAAGCUGGGUGCCUCCAGUCAUGCCGCUCAGGCGCGGAAAGCUCCCCAGCCCCGGAAGCAGCAAGGCUACGGCCAACAUAGUGCCAUCGUCGCUGCGGCGGCGAAGCAGAGUAUUGGCGGGCGAUGGAGGCAGCCUUUCGAACUCAAUUUGGACAAUGCGAUAUUGCUCCAAAAGAGACGGCACCACACUGAGCAUAAUGACAGGCCCACCAAGGAAGACAAAUCUCAGGAUGUCCACUCUGCUGUCUCGCGAAUACCACGGGGCUACCUGGACGAACUUGCGGAUGACAUGAUACACGCCGUUCGACCUUAUAAGUUGGGCAGGGAUGUGCUUGAGCACAUUCAUAAAGUACUUCCAGACCUUUUGGAAGCACUUGCGGUUUCUUUAGGUCAAUUUUCAUCCACCCAGGCGUACCGUGAUGUGAUGGCUUUUAUCCUUGAAUAUCGAUGGGAUAUAGCUUCCACGUUUCAGGAACGCUUGACCAGUAACUCAGAGGGCCAACCUUACCGAGACCUGGCAAGGAUGACUCUGGACGAUGUUAUGGAUGUCUGGCAUCAAAGGGCUGACAGGUUGGAGCUUGAAUCAUCACCACAUGAUGCAACACACAUUGAGCAAAGAGAGCCCGAUAAUAUGGAAUCCGCAGAAUACGAUGAAGCUGAAGCGAAUAAGCUGCCUGGACUAGAGUUCUAUAGGACUACUAUCCGAAGAACUCCCGCAUACACUUCGCUAUUGAACAAUAUCCGUCGAGAGUGCCUUUUCGCUCCCUCUGAGUCAGACGUUAUGGGGAAAAUUCGAAAAGCCAUACUAGGAUCCCUACCAGUGUCGCCACACAUUAACCGACAAAAGCCAGCUGAAAUUUUCAAUGUCAGCUUCAAAAUCCGAUGGGAUCCGCUCAAGUUCUUGAUUGACGAACAAUAUGAAGACAGUCCAGAGAAGGCGAUUGAAAGGGUCAUAACAUUGACGGGCUCUGCCAUGUCGGCUCAGGCAAUGACCUGCGGAGAGUACUUGCGUCAAGUUUGGCCAUCAACAGGACCAAGCGUGAUGAACCUUAUGAAAGCCCUUGUGUCUGAAGAGAGGAAGGGCUACAACGUACUACCCGAUGGAACUCAACUCGCUUUUUCGACCCGUCCAUCCGUAGAUCAGGCGUCGUCCUUUGAUGUCUGGGUCGAUGCUCGAGGGACUGCGCCCAUCCUUGCAGAGAUUGGCGAGCAGGUUGCAUGGCUUGCAUCCGCGCUACGGUCCUCUCCGUUCAGUCCAGGCACCGUUGCCUACAACAGGCCCUUCGUCAGUCUCGUGAAGGUCGGCCACCCAAAAGGGGAGAAGAACCUAAGAGUCAUUUAUCUAUAUGAUAUUGGCGUUGAAGUGUGUGACGAACCAGACCGCAGUGCGAUUGGGACUGGUGAUUGCUGGCACAACUUGUUCGGAUCGCCAGUUGUCGUAGAAGGGUUCCCGAUACGACGGAGGGUGGAACAACAUUCAAAAGGCCUUGAGAUCCCCCUGGAAAUCAUGGCAUCUCUCACAGGCACGCGCAAGAUCAAUAUCUUUGAUGGGAGAAUUGUUCUGAAGGGCUUCUCGACUAUGCUGAUCCCUGCCAAAUGCAGCCAAAAUGCAGUCACAUGGCAUCUUCUGUACCAGAAGGAUGGGGAGCAUAUUUCUUAUCUGAAAAGUGAGCAGUUUCCCCUUCUCGAGCUCAAAAUGCAACAGCUAGAGAAAGCGCGGCAUUUCUUGGGGUGGUGUCCAGCUGCACGGAUGUAUGCGGGCGAAGCUGAUGCUAGCUAUCACAUCAAGAACUCGAGGCUUCCCCGCCCCUCAGGAGACUCUGUCCUGAGCAACGCAUCGCUCUCCGCCUCGUAUGGAGUUAUUGGAAGUUCAGCUUUUGGGGUUGGUCGUAAAGAUGUCCGGCUCCCGCGCAACUCGUACGUCAGGAAGAUGAGAUGGAUCUCCGAAAAGUAUACAAUUCUCUGGGACGUCACAGAAAAGCGGGGUUGGCUUGUUAAUGGAGCUGCCGCCUUGCUUCACCUUGUCCACGCGUCUCUAAGGCAGGACAACCUCAGCAAUACUAGUCUGUUGUGUCUAUCCAGCGAGGAGACCCAGAGAACAUCUGCUUCACACCGAUCUGAUUCCGCCCUUAGUGUGCUCUUGAGUCAACCCCGACUUGGGCUGCCAGUUUAUUCAGGAGAUGACAAGCACACUUUCAAAGAUCUCGUAGAGGACUUAUAUGAUUACCUGGAAAGAGCCAUCACAUACCAGGUGAAAGCGGUCGGUCUAGAUGGCAACACUUAUAACCAGCCGAGAUCAGCAUUGGAUGGCUGGGAUUUCACUGAUUUGGCUCUAGAGCGAGAUCCCAUUUAUCCACGGCGAAUACUUCUGGACGAAGAGGGUCGGUCCUGGGUCGACUUCAGUCGCUCCAUACACACGGUCAUCCUAUUUGGCAGAGGUUUCGGUGAGAUUAUUCGGCCUGCUAAUGCAUACUGCCCUUCAUGGGCGACACUGCCACAUGGGAAAUCGUAUCUCGGUGCUGCAGUUGCGGAUCUUUACCGGAUAAUGGAGCAAUAUGGGGACUAUGACACCCAGCCAAUGCGACUUUGUCACGACACAUUCUGGUCAGUGACCGACGAGAAGUUCAGUCGGUGCUCAUGUGGCAUCCACACGGACCCUGAAACCCCUGAGCACUCGGAUUUUGUCCAAGUUCUUCUCCCUUCAAUCAUGCGGAACGAACUACCCAGACAUGUUCUUGUGCACCCGGAACCUACAGGUGCGGUCAUCUUCGGCCACAGCACCAGGGACCAAUGGUACUGGGGCAACUUUGGACCUCCCGCGAGAACACCGAAUCUGAUCAGCAAUGAUUUAUACCAAACUUACUCCGCUGCUGAAGAUAAUACAUUUGAAACGGCUCUUGGUUCAGGAGGAUCCAAGAAAAGUGAAGGUUCGGCAUCUGAUUUGUAUCAGCAGGACGUGGAAGAGCACCUGGAACAAUCGCGUACAACGUGCGGUCAAAGGAAUGGCUUCCCCUUGGCGGACAGCCAAAAGCGUGAGACCAGACAUAGUCGCUAUGCAGACGACUACAAGUUGGGCAUUAUAUGCGCCCUCCAUAUUGAGCUCAUGGCAGUACGUGCACUGUUUGACGAAACCCACGAGAGCCUGCCUAUUUCUGAAAACGAUGACAACUACUAUGCGCUGGGAUCCAUGGCGAAGCAUAAUGUCGUUGCUGCGUGCCUCCCCUUAGGCAUCUACGGCACAAAUCCUGCUGCAAUUGUCGCAACUCAUAUGAAGCGCAGUUUCCCAGCUUUGAGAUUCUGCCUUCUGGUUGGUAUCGGAGCUGGAGUGCCGUCUGAGAAGAACCGCAUCCGCUUAGGUGAUAUUGUGGUCAGCAAGGCUAGCGGCAGAUAUCCCGGCGUCCUGCCAUACGACAUGAUUAAAUGUCUUGAAUUUGGAGUAUCUGAGCUGAAUGGUUGCCUGAGCCCUCCCCCUGCGCAUCUAAUGGGCUUGAUAAGUGAGCUGGAGUCAGACCCUGGCGGGUCCUCUACCCUUCCGGGUUACAUUCGGCAAAUUGAGGAGCGCCAGCCGCAGUAUAAAUACCCCGGAGCAAUCAAUGAUAGACUGUUUGCAUCUUCUUACAUCCAUAGUGGCGGCGACGAAUCUUGUGACCAGUGCAAUCCACUGUGUGAGAUCCGACGACCCCCUCGACCAUCAGCUUUUCCCAAAGUACACUAUGGCUUAAUUGCAUCUGGAAACAAACUCAUCAGAUCGGCCGAAAAGCGGGAUAAGUUAGGCCGAGAGCAUAAUGUACUCUGUUUUGAGAUGGAAGGCGCUGGGAUUGUGAACAGCUUCCCCUGUUUAGUCAUUCGGGGGAUCUGUGACUAUGCUGAUUCUCACAAGAACAAGAUCUGGCAGAAAUAUGCUGCUGCGGUUGCUGCGGCGUAUGCAAAAUUGCUGCUCUCUCGACUGAGGGUUAAAGACAGCGUCUCCCCAAUCUACUGA